AUGGGCAGCGGCAAGGACAAGAAGCAUGAGAAGAAGCGCAAGCACAAGAAGGACGACAAGAAGGAGAAGUCGUCGAAGAAGUACAAGACGAGCUCCGACGACGCGCUAGGUCGCAUGAACAUGGAGGCGGCAGCCGCGUUCAUGGAGGCGCUUUGUGAAGAGCACCCAGCGCUCGCGGGCGAUUUGCUUGGCAUCCUCAAGAUGGUCGAGUCGGGCGAGGCUGUCGUCAUCGGCGGUAUUGAGAACACCGACAUUCGCUCCAAGCUGGAGCGGCUUUUUCCGCUCAUGGGUCUGGCCGAGUCGGGUCCUGGUGGUGCAUACUCCAAGCACAAGGUCGCCAAGCGUACCAACCUGCGCGACCGCUUUGGCUCGAUCUUGACGCGGUUCAUGGACAAGAAAAACGAAGCGCCCGCAGAGGACGCGAAGCGCCCGAUGCCCAUGGGGCCCCAACGCCCUCCCACACUGCCGCCGCCACCUGCCACCUAUGACGACGACGACGACGAUGGUGUCUGCGUCGGGCCGGUCUUGCCCGGCAUGGCGGGUUUCCGCGAAGCCAGUGCCGAGGUCGAGGCGGAGAUGCAGCGCCGCGCCGAUGCUCUCGAGAAAGAGCAAUGGAACCGCGUCCGAGGCAUCACAACGGACGCGCCGACGACCAAGCCCGUGCUCGAGCGCGAAGAGUGGAUGCUCUCGCUGCCCAAUGACCCUUCGAUCAAGGACGCUCUCGGUGGCCUCGGCGACCUCACGGGGCGCAAGUUCCGCAGUCGCGAGAAGGACGAGCGCGACGACUCGUGGUUUGCGUCUCCCGAAGAGCGUCAGCGGGCCCUUCGCGAGAAGAGCCAAAUGGACCUCUUGGGGUACGUGCCCGGCGGUGCAACCGUGCGACCUGCAGCCAAAGAGAAGGAGGAAGAAGAGACGUUCAUUGCACCGCAACCGCGACUGGGCAAAUCGCUUCUCGAGGCCCAUCAAGAAAAGAUCGCUGCCGCAACAGCGCACUCGGGUGGCGAGGCGCCGGCCAAGUGGGAUCGGUAUGCGCUUUGUAAAUGCGCCGUCAACUGA